AUGGGGCUGAGCUUUCGACUCUUCCUCUGCUUCCUACUGGGCGGAGGCCCCCAGCUCUGCCAUCCCCAGCCUCUAUGGCUCUUGCCGGAUGGAACCCCCUCCCCAGUGAGGUCCUCAUUAUCGGUGGAGGUGGAGUGUCUGGAAGCUGAGCUGGUGGUGACUGUCAAUAGAGACCUUUUUGGCACGGGGAAGCUUGUGCAGCCCAUGGACCUCACCCUUGGCUCAGAAGGCUGUCAGCCUCUGGUGUCCACAGAUACUGACGUGGUCAGGUUCAAGGUCCAAUUACAUGAGUGCAGCAGCAAGGUGCAGGUGACAGAAGAUGCCCUGGUGUACAGAACCUUCCUGCUCCACGACCCCCACCCUGUGGGCGGCCUGUCCAUCCUGAGGACUAACCGCGUGGAGGUUCCUAUUGAGUGCCGCUACCCCAGGCAGGGCAAUGUGAGCAGCUAUGCUAUUCAGCCCACCUGGGUCCCCUUCAGCACCACGGCGUCCUCGGAGGAGAAGCUGGCGUUCUCUCUCCGCCUGAUGGAAGAGAACUGGACCGCUGAGAAAUCUUCCCCCACCUUCCACCUGGGAGAGGUGGCCCACCUCCAGGCAGAGGUCCAGGCCGGAAGCCACCCGCCACUGCAGCUGUUUGUGGACCACUGUGUGGCCACACCUACGCCAGACCAGAACUCCUCCCCCUAUCACGUCAUCGUGGGCUUCCAUGGUUGCCUUGUGGAUGGUGUAUCUGAGAGCUUUUCUGCAUUUCAAGUCCCUAGACCCCGGCCAGAGACUCUCCGCUUCACAGUGGACGUAUUCCAUUUUGCCAGCAGCUCCAGAAAUACGAUCUACAUCACCUGCCACCUGAAGGUCACCCCAGCUAGCCAGAUCCCAGAUAGGUUCAACAAAGCCUGUUCCUUCAACAAGACUUCCAAGAGCUGGUUGGCAGUAGAGGGCAGUGAUGACAUCUGUGACUGCUGUAACCAGGGCAACUGCAGUUCAAGCUUUUCAAGGCCCAAGUUUCUCCAGCGAGAGAGCCAGUGGCCCAAGUUGGCUUCCCGCACCCGCAGGCACGUGACCGAUGAAGCUGAUGUCACUGUGGGCCCGAUCUUCCUGGGAAAAGAAAGUGACCAGGCUGUGGAGGGCUGGAUCUCUUCUGCUCAAACCUCCGUGGCUCUUGGCUUGGGCCUAGCCACAGUGGCAUUCCUGACCCUGGCUGCUGUUGUCCUUGGUGUCACCAGGAAGUGUCACAGCACUUCCCGACUUGUAUCCCUUCCGCAAUAAAAAGA